AUGGCGAAGACAUUGACCGCACAAAUGAUGAACAACCUGUUGAUCGACAGCGAGAGCUCUCUGGAGGAGAACCAGAGGAUUAUGAGCCGAAUUCUGAGCCGAAAGGGAGUCAAAUGUGAUUUCGCGGGCGCUUUGAACGGCCGUCCGAUGGCUGGCGGGGGCUGUGGAGGGGGUGGAGGGGCGACACCGCCGGCGCCCAAUCGGCGCUCAAUGCCUGUGCAGACCAUGAAGACUAUGGGCGCCAAUAAUAACCGCUUCGUUCUCAACGGUAACACAAACUUCAGUUCCCUUCGCAUCGAAGACCCAAAGAAAGUUGAGGACAUGAACGACAACGACGUGAAGACAAUGUUGGCCUCAAUACCGGAGAUUAGCCGCCAUUUUGUAGUGUGCGGUAAACUGGGAGAGGGAACCUUCUCGAAGGUCUUCAGAGCCAAACAUCUGCACAAUUCGGCCAAAGAAUAUGCGCUGAAAUACAUAAUACCGACGAUAAGGCCGUCGCGGAUCGCCUCCGAACUCCGUUAUCUGCGGGAUUUGGGCGGCGCUAAGAAUGUGAUACAUUUGAAGACCUGCUUCUUCUCCAGAGGUCACACCGUUCUAGUGAUGCCUAUAUUUCCGCACCAGAAGUUCACCGAUUAUGUGAACCAAUUGUCUGUCCCGGAAGUGACUCACUAUAUGAAGAAUCUGUUGAUAGCGUUGGAAAGGGUGCACUCGUUUCAAGUGAUCCAUCGGGACAUAAAACCGGCCAAUUUUCUCUUCGACCGGAAGACCCGUCGAUACGCUUUGGUUGACUUCGGUUUGGCUCAGAACGAGAGGGAACUGUUGGUCCGCACGUAUACUAACGGCGCGUUUCGGAGAUUGCAUUCAAACAAAGAGACCGGAGAUAACAAUAAGUUUAAAAUUCCCGAUAAUAUCAAACACAACACCAAUUCUGCGGUCAAGAGAUUGGCUCUCAAUGACUGCACGACUUCGGCGACCAAUAAUUCGGGCAAAACUGUGGCCAAAAACGAGACCAAAUGGCAAAUAAGAAAGCGGUCCCGAAAUGAGGCCCAAUUCGUCGAGAGGACCAAAAUAGCGCCCAAAAGGGCACGAAUCGAGUCGAGUGUCUUUCAUUCGCCAAUCACUCCAACCGUAUUUAAAUCGCCGGCCAGUCGUCAGUCGCCGACCACUACUACGGGCGUCGACACCCUCUCCACUCCAGUCAAGUGCGGUAUUUCCGUAAUCCCCGAAACGCCGCCCAAAACUAUUCAGAAGAAUCUGAACCACGCGUUGAAUAACGAGACGAACGACCAGUUGUUCCCCAAAGAAGUGAACGAAACGCCGAAAUCUCGUUAUAAGAAAGUCCACAAGAAAUCCAAAACUAUUGCCAAUAAGAGUAUUGAUCUCAAGUGCGAGUGUUUGGCCACUAAUCAAGUGUGCGGUGUUUGCAAAGGGAAGCCUGAAUUGAUAGCCCCGCGCGCCGGCACUCCCGGCUUUCGGGCCCCAGAAGUGCUGCUCAAGUAUUUAUUGCAAACCACUCUAAUCGACAUUUGGAGCGCUGGAGUCAUAAUGGCUUCGUUGCUGAGCGGAAGGUAUCCAUUCUUCCGCAACACCGACGACAUGACAUCAUUGGCCGAAAUCAUAACCAUUUUCGGCUCCAAACGGGUUCUCAAGACGGCUAAAGAUUUAGACAAAACUUUGAUUAUAUCGAGUAAUUAUCAACCGAUGGAUCUCAAGGAACUCUGCGAACGUCUUCGUGGGAAGGGCUCGACAUUCAAGCCGCCCGACUCUGCCUAUGAUCUGUUGGACAAACUGCUCGAUCCUAACCCUAAGACCCGAUGGAGUGCUUCCAAGGCAUUGACUCAUCCAUUCUUCUUCACUGACGAUAGGAAUUAAUGGCAUCUCUUUUAACACCUCUUAUCGAUCGAUAUUUUCAUUAUUUAAUAACAAUUCAAUUUAUUUAUCAUUUAUUAAACAUUAAUUAUUUUUAUCGCAAUUCCGAAUAUAUAUUUGGAUUUUAAGUUUUAUAUGAAAAAUACAUUAAAAGGCAAUAAAAUUGAUGUAAA